ACGCCCGAGCUGCAGCGCCGCAGACAGGGACUCGCCCGCAGCCGUUUGUCUCAGUCUGAACCGAACGAGUCGUCAUGAACAGCUUGAAGAGUCUGAUGAGCCGCGUGACGCCCGCUCUGAGCCGCGCAGUGCAUUCUGGGAAGCGUGCAUCGUCCUCGGCGGCGUCCAGAGCUGAACCCACGGAGCGUGCGCUGACGUCAGAGGAGGUUUACGCUCGCGAGGAUCGACACGGCGCUCAUAACUACCACCCGCUGCCGGUGGCUCUGGAGCGAGGAGACGGGGUUCAUGUGUGGGAUGUGGAGGGCCGCAGGUACUUUGACUUCUUGAGUGCGUACAGCGCUGUUAACCAGGGUCACUGCCACCCGAAGAUCAUCGCGGCGCUGACGGCGCAGGCCUCGCGGCUGACACUCACCUCCAGAGCCUUCUACAACGACGUGCUGGGUGUCUACGAGCAGUACAUCACCGGCCUGUUCGGAUACGAUAAAGUGCUGCCCAUGAACACCGGUGUGGAGGGUGGAGAGACGGCCUGUAAACUGGCUCGUAAGUGGGCGUACACGGUCAAGGGCGUCCCGAAAUAUGAGGCAAAGAUCGUGUUUGCAGCGGGGAAUUUCUGGGGCCGGACGAUGGCAGCUAUUUCUAGCUCGACGGACCCCAGCAGUUACGAGGGUUUCGGUCCCUUCAUGCCUGGAUUUGAGCUGGUCCCGUACAAUGACGUCGCUGCGCUAGAGAAAGCGCUGCAGGAUCCAAACGUGGCAGCGUUCAUGGUGGAGCCCAUCCAAGGUGAAGCAGGUGUAGUCGUUCCUGAUCCUGGUUACCUCACGAAAGUCCGUGAGCUUUGUACCAAACACAAUGUUCUGUUCAUUGCUGAUGAGGUGCAGACCGGUCUGGCCCGUACUGGACGGCGUCUGGCUGUGGACCACGAGGCGGUGAGGCCGGAUAUGGUGAUUCUGGGUAAAGCGCUGUCAGGAGGAGUAUAUCCUGUCUCUGCUGUUCUGUGUGAUGAUGAGGUGAUGCUGACCAUUAAACCUGGAGAACACGGAUCCACGUAUGGAGGAAACCCUCUGGCCUGCCGCGUCGCCAUCGCUGCUCUGGAGGUUCUGGAGGAGGAGCGUCUGGCUCAGAAUGCGGAUCUGAUGGGUCAGGUUCUCCGCGCUGAGCUCAGCAAGCUUCCGCUGGAGAUCGUGAGCGGCGUCCGCGGGAAAGGCCUCCUGAACGCCAUCAUCAUCAAAGAGACCAAAGACUAUGAUGCCUGGAGGGUGUGUCUCCGUCUCCGUGACAACGGUCUGUUGGCCAAGCCCACUCACGGUGACAUCAUCAGACUAGCCCCGCCCCUCAUUAUAAAGGAGGAUGAGGUCAGAGAGUGUGUGGACAUCAUCAGCAGGACCGUCCUGUCCUUCUAAGCCACUGGAAUCAUCAUCAUCUGAGUGGUUUUCACCUGUAAUUCUUCUGAUUUUAGCCUGCUUUGUUUUAUCGUGUUUUUCAUGAGCUGUUACAGUCACUCGGGUCAACAUAAAAUCCGCUCGACGCUCACCGGGGCUUUUAGCUCUUUCAGAGUUAUGCUUAUUUAGUUUUUCAUUCUCAACUGAACUUGAGAUUCUUGAAUAGUAGUUUCUCUCUGGACGACGGUCUGUUUUAGUUCUGCUGAAGUGUCGUGGACGUUUCUGAAGGCGAACGCUGUGACGUUUACAGUUUCUGUCCUCCAGAGGAAAGUGAAUGAAGGACACUGUCACAGUGUUUGAAACAUGUUUAAAAGUUGUUUUGCUGUGAACACUUGAAUAGAAUGAGUUUUUCUCCCUGAUGAGAGAAUAGUGCACUUUAACUGCAGUCUUUAAUGAUGUAAAACAAAGACAUAAUCAAACUGAAUUAUUCACAGCCACAUUCUGCUGCGUUUAUUAACGAUUUACAAAUGAAACAUUAGGAAAACAGCAUAAACAGAAACUGUUUGGAGAAUGCUUGUUUGUGUUUAUUUCUGUAGAACGUUUAGCUAACGUUUAAUGAAUGGAGCAUCAGCUCGUACAUCAGAUGAUGUUUUAUUUCUGUUAUUAAAUACAUUUUCAG